GGUCAUCAGCGAUGUCUAUUUUGUUGCUUUUUCAUAUUCUUAAUAUGUUGGGAUUUUGUUCUUCUCUUCUGUUUCGAUUUUCAGAUUAUCGUAUAUUCUCAUUUGUCCGCCUUUUCUUUAAAAGACCUCUUUUUAUAGCUAAGUGAAUAGAUACUGCGCCUCUUCUACUGGUUCAAUUCUACCAAUCCAUUCUUAGACUGAAAAAAAUCUAUCAACAAGGAGUGAACUAAAUAUGGAUCAGAUGAACCGGUUAGAUGAACUGCCUACUGUUGAUGACGUAUUGAAGCGCAACUAUGAAGAGUACCAAAACUAUUCCAUUGACUUUUUACAGUACAAAGAGUUCUGUCAGUAUGGAUUGGCAGAAAGUAUAACAAAAGUCUAUGAUUGGUGUGUCCAUCUUCAGUGUUUAAGUCCCUUUGAUCCAUGUGUUCCACUGAGUGACGUAGAAUUUAAAAAUAGGCAGAUUGAACUCGUUCAGGUUGUCCCAACCAGUUACAACAACAACAGCAACAACAUCAGCGGCAGCGACAACAACACCAACACUUAUAAUAAUCCUAUCAGUUCACUAAUAAAUGAAAGCAUGGUAAACACGUCGUCCCUUUCAACCUAUGACUACAUGCAACAGAUUGCUAAUAAUAUAACUGGCUGUUAUGAUGAUUUCAUCUGUGAUAAACCAUACAACAGUUAUCCUAAUUAUUGUAUUCUAGGCGUAGUAUGCUUCACACUAUGCUUAUGCGGAAUUAUAAGCAAUUUAAUUCUACUACCAGCGUAUAAUUUCGGAUUGAAUCGGUCUGGUGCAACUGUUUAUCUAAGUGCAAUGGUGCUAUUCGAUUGUCUGUAUAUGAUAUUCACACUGUUAAUCUAUGUGAUUCAUUAUAUGCCAUCAUCGUUUAUUGAACAAAUGGAAAUGUAUGGACAAUUUUCGGGAUAUUUAAUACCAUGGGGUUUGCCUAUCUUACAGAUAUGUGAAUUAUUAGUGGUUUGGCUAACCAUUGCACUACUUGUCAAUCGUCUACUCUAUUUAAAUUUUGGUCCACACUCGAAAGCUUUAUGCUCACAAAUUGAAUCAGUGAAAAUUAUAACAGCAAUCUUUCUUCUAUGCAUCACAUAUAUGGGAUGUAAAUUCUUCGAAUAUAGAUAUGUUGAAUACUCAGAGAAGAAGGUUGUACGUGUUCUCCUGACAGAUCUUGGUAAAAUGGAAAUGUUUCGUGAUAUAAUGGACAAUUGGUUGAAAGUACCCCUUGAAAUGUUUCUACCUUAUUUAGCCUGUGGAUUAUUAAUAACAAUAAUUGUUUUAAAAAUGGUGAAUUUAAAUACAUCAAAAUGGAAAGCUGUGGCCAGUUUAUGCACUGAUACAGCCUGUGCAUGUGUUUGUCGUGCUGGUGUCUGUGGUAAAGAAUGUCGUGAAGGUGUUAAAUCAUCCGACAAUCCAUCAAAAUCAUGGUCAUCAUCUGCUGCUGAUGACGCUGACGCUUUCAACAUUCCUGAUGAAAAGUUACAUAAAUCUGUGAAUACAACAAUCGCAAAACACUCGCCUCAUCACCAUCAUCAUCUGACUAAAGGUGGUAAUAAUAUCGCCUAUUUAGAUCCUAUUGAACAAGAACUGGCCUAUCUGUUUUUUCAGCUGCCACAAAUUGAUGAAACACGUGAAAAUGCUAAUGUCAUUACAGCAGUCUGUAUUGGUUUAAUUCUACUUAUCUGUAAAAUACCUAAAUUCUUGCUACAUGUUUUAUCAACUGAAAAUUAUAUCACCUAUGACCCUGAAGUAUUUAGAAUGAUUAAUCAAUUAUUGGAUACAAUGUUUGCUGCUUGUAAACCCGUAGUUUGUAUCCUAGUCGGUGCACAUUAUCGUCAAGCAUUGACUACACCACCGAAAUGUUGUCCAAUGCCAUACAACAAUGAAAAUAGACAAAUAACAGUACCAACAACAGCAGCAGCAACGCUAAUGCCAGUUACAUCUCCUACCAGUGGCGAUGGAUUAAUGACUACAGAGAAUUGUAAUAAGAAUAAUGAUAAUAAUGAUGAUGAAGUUAAUGAAAUGUUAUUAGGCAAACAACACAAGGUUGAACAACCAAUCAUUACGAAACAACCAGAAACAUUAAUAAAAUCAUUGAAUACUGAUGAAAACAAUGAUGACAGCGUCUCAAAAAAGAAGGAGGAGGGUAAUUUACUAUGACAUAUAUGACUUCCACAUCUAUUUAUUACUCCAUUUAAUAGAUAAAUGGAUGAAUAAAUUUAUUCACAUAUUUAUCAUACUACUUAUAAGCCAUUUCAUCGACAGAUUUAUUAAUUGUUCUAGUCGCAUAAUUCACACAAACACAUAUAUUAUUCAUAUUUGAAUGUUGUUGAUUUUUCUUGUUACUUUUGACUUGACUUCAUUUUGUUCUUCCUCCGCUGUGCGCUUUUUUGUGUCAAAUUCUUUAA